UUGUCGGACCGGGCACCUGGAGAAAGAAAAACUUUUCAAAAAGAGCCAGGCAGACGGGACCUCGGUUUAACAUCUCAUCCCAAGGAUAUUAGGGAGUGCACGCAUGGUAUUGUACGUAGGGACCGAUCCACACUAACUCUACGGUGUGUAAUGUUGCUCUUUUGUAUUUAAGGAUGUUUACCCUUGGUGAAAUUACUUCAGUAAGUUCCGCCCCGUCUUCCUACCGCAUCUUCAAACCCUGGUGGGACACCUUCAUGGAUUACUUGGCCGUAGUCAUGCUGAUGAUCGGCAUAUUCGGGGGCACCUUACAGAUCUACAAGAACAGGAGCGUUUGUUUGCCCAUCCUCAACGAAACCAUGUCCCAAAUCAUCAACGACACCAGAGUUUACGACGGAGUCAACUCUACCGUGCAGGGCUUGGGUGGCAAUCUGGUCAACGAUUUUCACAUCAGGUUCAAAUCAGCCAGCCCUCUGACCCGCAGUCAAGCUAUUUACGCCAUCACCGAGAACCAAACCAAUCUCGACUUCCAACAGUUUUUCUACAUCAACAACCUGUGCUACUUCAGCGCCGUGCCUUGGUUCUCCAAAUACUUCUGCUACUUCAUUUUGAUCCAUACCAUCGGGCUGAUGGUCGCCAGUAACUUUUGGUUCAAGUUCCCCAAAACCAGUUCCAAGAUUGAACACUUGACGUUCAUACUCGAGAAGUGCAUGGAGUCGCCGUGGACGACCGACGCGCUUUCUCUGACGGCGUCUGGGAACACCGAAAAGAUGAAUCCCACCGUAGUGAUUAAACAGAAAGAGCCCAGUAGCGCGACUUCCACGCUCAAAGACGUGGACGAGCGGACUUCCGAGUUGCUGAUGCUCAAUGAAUCCUUCAUUAGAGGUGCCACACGCACCAACCCAGUGAUACAGAGGCAUUACCAGAUGCUAGACAAGAAGGAUGGAGAACAGGCCAAGGCUCUGUUUGAGAAGGUGAAGAAAUUCAGGCUCCAUGUUGAAAAGGAAGACUCGAUCUACAAACUCUAUGUGGGGCAAAUCCUUUUCAAAACGGUGGUCUGCAGCGUGGUCUUGAUUUACUUCUCCUUGUUCAUCAACGCGGUGAAGUUGGACAUUCUGUGCAGGCUCAAAACCUACCAAUUGACCGGCUAUGAGUUCUUCAUCUGCACAUUCAGUAUUGCUUUCAUACUGAAGAAGCUGCUCCUUCUGUACCUGUGCACAUUGGCCGUCUACAUCGCCAUCUGUAUCUACACGCUCGUCUGGAUUUUCCGCAAACAGCUCAAGCAGUACUACUUCGAGAAGCGGGGGGAGAGCCAGUUUAGCGACGUUCCCAACGUGAAAAAUGACUUUGCCUUCCUCUUGCAUUUGAUCGAUCAGUACGACCGUUUGUACUGCCAGCAUUUCUCCAUCUUCCUCUCGGAGGCCAGCGAGAAGAAGCUGAAAGCGUUGAGCUUGAACACCGACUGGACUAUGCAGAAGGUGCAGCAACACCUGACUAAGACGAGCAAGGAGCAGUUUGAGCUGCACCUCUUCAUGCUGUCGGGGUUUCCUGAGUCGGUGUAUGACGCCACGGAGCUGCAGGUCCUGAAGGUGGAACUUUGCAACGACGUGAACAUCAACCCUAAGGUAACGCAACUCAUCCACCUGGAGGAGCUGUGGAUUAUCAACUGCACGGUCACCAUCAAAGCCCCAGCUCUGCUGUACUUGAGUAACCAACUGAAAGUUUUAGGAGUGACAUUUUCUAACCCAGACGAAAUCCCUGACUGGAUCCACUCGCUGACCAGACUCCGAGAGUUGCACCUGACCGGGAUCAUAAACACCGAGAGCAAAGCCCUGGAACUGGAGUUCUUGAAGGAACUGCGUUACUUGAAAGUCCUUUCCAUCAACAGCAACCUCUCCAAGAUCCCCUUCAACGUGCUUUACGUGGCCCCUCACCUGUUCAAGCUGUCCAUCCAGAACAACAACAGCAGCUUGGCCAUGUUCCAGAAUUUGGGCAACAUGGUGAACCUGGCGCAGUUAGACCUGCAGAACUGCGCCCUGAAGAAAAUCCCUCGCGGCAUCCUUCACCUCUACAACUUGCGAGAGUUAAACCUUCAGUACAACGAGCUGACCGUCAUCGAGGAGAUCUCCAGCUUCCAGCACCUGCGGAGGCUAUCCUGCUUGAAACUUUGCUUCAACCAAAUCAACAUGAUCCCCAAGACCAUCAACCUCUUGAGCAACCUUGAGUACCUGUAUAUCUCCAACAACUACAUCCUGAUCUUGCCCACCAACCUGUUUUCCAUCCGCAAGCUGCGUCACUUGGACCUCAACAACAAUCAGAUCAUCAUCAUCCCCACCGACAUUGGCAAACUCCUGAACCUGCAGUUCCUGGACUUGAGCUACAACAAGAUCUCCGUGCUGCCCGAUGAGCUGUACCAAUGCCGGAAGCUCAAGACGCUGAAACUCAGCAAGAAUUCCAUCACCGUGAUCAGCGGAAAGAUCCAGCAGCUCACCCACCUCUCCCGGCUGGAACUACUGGAAAACAAUUUGGAGGAGCUGCCAGUGGAGCUCGGCGAGUGUUCGAUGCUGAAGAAAAACGGGCUCCUGGUCGACCAGUACCUGUUUGAUUCGCUGCCUCUGGAGAUCAGGAUGGCUAUCAAUUCAGGAACUGAGGUGGAAGUCAAGCUCUUACUCCAGCCCACAAUUUCGCAUUCUCAACUAGACCAUGCUGUGGUUGCGUGAAAAACCCCCAACCCAUUUUGUAAUCAAACCAGAGAUUAAUUCCUUCCAACC